UUUUAGGGAGGAGGGAAAAAAAACCUUGUUUUGUAGCACACACUGCAUGCCAAACAGGCCCUAACCUCCGUCUCCGAUCAAAUGGCUUCUUCCUCUUCUCCAUGGAAACAAUAACUGCUCUCUCUAGAUCAGACGUUCCCGGGAAAAAAAGAGUCUAAAGACGAUGUUUACCCAGUUCGGUGCUACUGCAGAGACACUGAGUAAGGCAUCGUCUAUGGUGUUUCGGAUCGGCACAGACGCUCACCUCUACGACGACCCCGAAGACGUCAGCAUCGCCCCGCUACUCGACAGCAAAUUCGACUCCGAGAAGUGCGAAGCUCUCAAGCGAUUACUCGCUCUCAUCGCCCAGGGCUUCGACGUUUCCAAUUUCUUCCCCCAGGUUGUUAAAAACGUGGCAUCUCAGUCUCUGGAAGUAAAGAAGCUAGUCUACUUGUACCUCCUGCACUACGCUGAGAAGCGUCCAAAUGAAGCAUUGCUGUCAAUUAAUUGUUUCCAGAAGGACUUGGGGGAUUCAAAUCCUUUGGUUCGGGCGUGGGCUCUCCGUGCCAUGGCAGGGAUCCGUCUACAUGUAAUUGCACCUCUAGUCCUGGUGGCUGUGACAAAAUGUGCAAGAGAUCCAUCUGUAUAUGUUAGAAAAUGUGCUGCCAAUGCCCUCCCCAAGUUGCAUGAUCUGCGCAUGGAGGAAAACACUACAACAAUUGAAGAGAUUGUUGGAAUUUUAUUGAACGACAAUUCUCCUGGAGUAGUUGGAGCUGCUGCUGCUGCUUUUGCUUCGGUUUGUCCAAAUAAUCUGUCUCUGAUUGGCAGAAAUUACAGAAAGUUAUGCGAGACUCUUCCUGAUGUGGAAGAUUGGGGCCAGGUUGUGCUAAUUGGGAUCCUUUUGCGUUAUGUAAUCGCAAGGCAUGGGCUCGUGAAAGAAUCCAUUAUGAUGUCUUCUUGUGCUACUGAAAGUUCUCAUUCUGACAAUGGUGGCUCAGGUGCUGAUUUCAGAUUAAACGAAACAAUUGACAACAAGGGCUUUGGGGUUUAUGAGUCUGAAUUAGCAGAAAUUGUCUCCAGGAGUUACCUUGAAGGACCAGAGAAAUAUUUGGCACGAUCAAGUCAUGCUUACAGGGGCUCCUCUGAAGGGGAUUUUUCAUGCUCUACAUCUGCCAAAAGCAAUGAUGAUGUGAACAUCCUGCUGCGGUGCACAUCGCCUUUAUUAUGGAGUCAUAAUAGUGCAGUUGUACUUGGUGCUGCGGGGGUGCACUGGAUUAUGUCACCAAGGGAUGAUGUGAAAAGAAUAGUUAAACCGCUUUUGUUUGUUCUGAGAUCAUCCUAUGCCUCAAAAUACGUGGUUCUCUGCAACAUACAAGUGUUUGCUAAAGCGAUGCCUCGUAUAUUUGCUCCUUAUUUUGAAGAUUUCUUUAUUUGUUCUUCAGACCUAUACCAAAUAAAAGCUCUGAAACUCGAAAUACUUUCUUCCAUCGCUACAGAUUCAUCAAUUUCAGUGAUUUUACGAGAGUUCCAGGAUUAUAUCAGAGAUCCUGACAGAAGGUUUGCUGCGGAUACUAUUGCAACGAUUGGCUUGUGUGCACGACGACUUCCGAACGUAGCUAACAUGUGCUUGGAAGGGCUAUUGUCUCUGACUAGUCAUGAAUAUUUGAUUAGUGACAUGGGGUCAGCAGAUGGAGAAGCAGGCAUUUUGGUUCAGGCACUAAUUUCCAUUAAAUCAAUCAUCAACCUGGAUCCACUUUGUCACGAGAAGGUAAUUAUUCAAUUGGUUCGAAGUUUGGAGUUGAUCAAGGUGCCUGCUGCCCGUGCACUGAUAGUUUGGAUGGUGGGAGAGUACAACUCUAUUGGGGAGAUUAUUCCGAAGAUGUUACCCACAGUAUUGAAGUAUCUGGCUUGGUGUUUUACUACAGAAUCACUUGAAGCAAAGCUACAGAUCCUUAAUACUGCUGUCAAGGUACUGUUAUGUUCAGAAGGGGAAGAAAAUAUGGGGAUAUUCAAAAGAAUCUUAUCCUAUCUGCUUGAACUUGCCAAAUGUGACUUGAACUACGAUCUCCGGGACAGGGCUCGAGCUCUGAAGAAACUUUUGUCAUCCCAUACAGCUUCUCAUGAUUUGGAGGACGAAGGGAAAAGUUUGUCAGAAAAUAAGAACACCAAAUCUGCAGUCCAGGGCUUAUUUUUUGGGUUACAAACAAAACCAUCUUCUGAACCCAUUAAUUAUCACUUUUACCUCCCUGGAUCUCUCUCACAGAUUGUUCUUCAUGCGGCCCCAGGGUACGAACCUCUUCCAAACCCUUCUAGUUUGAUCUGCGAUGAGCUUGGUCAUGGCCCUGAUGAUGUUCAAGGAAUAAAAGCAGUGCGAGGACCAACCAACAGUGACUCGUAUGGAGUGGAUGGUUCAGACUCAGUAUCUGAAUCAGUGGAUGGAGAAAGCGCUUCAGAUUAUAGUUCUCAAUGUUCUAUUUCAGGUUCAGGGGGUGGUGGUGAGGGUGGGUCUGCGAGUGAAAUUAAUGACGAUGCCGACCCAUUGAUUCAAAUUUCAGAUGUUUCUGUAAAUCCAGAUUGGGUGCCACAGAAGAAUGGCGAGUCUGGAUUGGAUAAUUUUGAUGAGCUGAUAUCCAAGAAAACUCUUGAAUCAUGGUUAGAUGAGCACCCAUCAUCUGAACUAAUUCAUGUCCGAAGAUCUUCAGCAAGGAUAUCUAUUGGGGAUAUUGGUAGCAGAGUCAAACUUAAAUCCCAUAAGCUUUUAGAUCCUGCCAUUGGGAGUGGGUUAAGUGUGGAUUAUACUUUUUCAUCUGAGAUUUCAACUGUAUCCCCUCUGCUUGUAUGCGUUGAAGCAUCUUUCACAAACUGUUCCUCUGAGUCUAUGUCGAAACUAUUGUUGCUGGAUGAGGAAUCUAGCAAAGGUCUAGAUUCUACGGAACAUGCGUUGGAAACAUCUGAGAGUGAAUCAACACCUUCUAAGGAUGUGCCAACUCUGGUUCCUAUGGAAGAUAUUAGUUCACUAGAUGCUGGUCAGACAACAAAAAGAAUCCUCCAGGUUCGCUUCCAUCACCAUCUUCUUCCACUGAAGCUGGUUUUAUGGUGCAAUGGCAAGAAGCAUCCUGUUAAGUUGCGGCCUGACAUUGGAUAUUUUGUAAAACCUCUUCCAAUGGACAUUCAAUUGUUCACAAGCAAGGAAUCUCAGCUCCCUGGAAUGUUUGAAUAUAUAAGGAGUUGUACAUUCACCGACCAUAUUAUGGAGCUCAAAAACGAGAAGGGUGAUAGCUCGCUAGUUAAAGACAAGUUUCUUGUGAUUUGCGAGAGCCUAGCACUGAAGAUGCUAAGCAAUGCAAAUCUUUUCCUGGUGUCUGUGGACAUGCCCAUUGCUUCCACCCUUGAUGAUGCGUCAGGUUUGCGCUUGCGGUUUAGCGGUGAGAUACUGAGCAACUCACUCCCCUGCUUAAUCACUGUUUCUGUUGAAGGUAAAUUGUCUGAACCACUUACUGUGUCUGUGAAAGUCAACUGUGAAGAAACUGUUUUUGGCUUAAAUCUAUUGAAUAGGACUGUUAAUUUAUUAGCUGAGCCUGUUCCAGCGGACUUGUGAUUUUGGAAGGUUUAAACUCUGUUAUUCAUCCCGUUUUGACGAAAUGAAAUGCAAUCGUGCCUUCUUGCAUGUGAAAAUGGAGAACACCUGCAUGUAAUGGUCUUUUGAUGUAGCUUUUCUUGAUAUUUGGAAUGGCGUCUACCUAACCGGUUAUGGUGCCAGUGCUCAGCAGAAUACUGAGGCUAAAUUUGGUAUGGGUUCGUUGUAUUGUAACCUGGAAAUCGUAUUGCAUUUAGAAAUGGAACGUUUCAUUGAUGGUUCUUUGAGUAAA